GAGGACAGAGGGAGGCACUCGGUAACCUAGGAGUCCUGGCUCCGCCCCCUCUGCCUUUGGCCUGGUCCGCUCCUCCCAUCACCGCUCGGAGGCGGCUACUGGCCCGCGACGAAGAGCGAAAGCACAGCCUCGGCCUUCAAGCCCCGUAGCUGAGACGACAUCUCAUGGUACAUCACUGACCAAGGAGGCGGGAUCGCCGCUGCCGCUUCAAGGCCACAGCGAGAAGGGCGUACUGCGCACGCGCAGCAGACCGCGAUGGAGCCACCGAUGGAGCAGUCCGGAGGGGAGCAAGAACCGGGAGCUGUCAGGCUCCUGGACCUGCCCUGGGAAGACGUGCUGCUCCCGCACGUCCUCAACUGGGUCCCGCUGCGCCAGCUGCUGCGGCUGCAGCGCGUCAGCCGCGCCUUCCGGGCGCUCGUUCAGCUGCACCUGGCCGGGCUGCGCCGCUUCGACGCCGCUCAGGUGGGUCCACAGAUUCCACGGGCCGCCUUAGCCCGGCUACUGCGGGAUGCCGAGGGGCUGCAGGAGCUGGCGCUGGCUCCGUGUCACGAAUGGCUGUCGGACGAGGACCUGGUGCCAGUCCUGGCACGGAACCCGCAGCUACGGAGCGUAGCACUGGCCGGCUGCGGCCAACUGAGUCGCCGAGCGCUGGGGGCGCUGGCUGAGGGCUGCCCGCGUCUGCAGCGCCUUUCGCUCGCUCACUGUGACUGGGUGGACGGGCUGGCACUACGUGGCCUCGCCGACCGCUGCCCGGCUCUGGAGGAGCUAGACCUCACCGCCUGUCGCCAGCUCAAGGACGAGGCCAUCGUGUACCUGGCGCAGAGACGCGGCGCGGGCCUCCGCAGCCUCUCGUUGGCUGUCAACGCCAAUGUGGGGGACACCGCGGUCCAAGAGUUGGCUCGAAACUGCCCGCAACUCGAGCACCUCGACCUCACAGGCUGCCUUCGGGUCGGAAGCGACGGUGUCAGGACACUGGCGGAGUACUGCCCGGCGCUGCGCUCACUGCGCGUGCGGCACUGCCACCAUGUGGCCGAGCCCAGCCUGAGCCGCUUGCGGAAACGUGGUGUGGACAUCGACGUGGAGCCACCCCUGCACCAGGCCCUGGUGCUACUCCAGGACAUGGCGGGCUUCGCGCCCUUUGUCAACCUGCAGGUCUGACUGACUUUCCUUUGGGUGGGAGCACAGCUGGACUGUGUAGCCGGGGCCGGCCUGACACUGAACUGUAGGGAAACUGGACUGUGGGGGCCUGUGGUUGAGAGGCCUGUGGCGUGCCCUGCCUCACCCUGGAAUUUCAAAUAAAGAGCUUUUUACCCCUU